AUGGAGCAAUUUCACCAAGAUGUCAUACCCCUCAAAAUUCCACUGGAAAAGACAAUCUUUGUAGGACAAACUAUGGAGAUGCCUUAUAUGAUCACAACAGACCCCCUGAUACACAUACUGGAAAUUCGAAUGGAGACCUGGAUAGAACCGAGCCCGGAACCUCCAGAAUUGGUGAUGUAUCUAUCACCCCCUCCUGAAGUAAGUCGUCUUCUCAGACUUAUUAGAGAUGCAUAUGUUAGUUCCCUCUCUUAUACACCUGUUUUAAUGGAUGACACAAUACCGAAUUUAGCUCCUCAUCUUCUACCUAUCUCUUGCAUGGUUUGGAAUGUCCAAGGUGCGGGAAGUAGAGAAUUCGUAGCUGCGUUUAAAAAACUAAUCCGUAUACAUAAACCCAAUGUCAUAGCUUUGGUAGAAACUCAUAUGGGUGGACAUCAAGCGGAGAAAUUUGCUAACACCAUUAACUAUAGUGGUCACAUUAGAACGGAUGCCCAAGGCUUUAGUGGGGGCAUUUGGAUUUUCUGGAAACCGGAAUUUGUCACGGUGGAACCAAUUUUAAAGCAUGAGCAACAUAUUACAAUGAAUAUUAAACGAGUAGGUGGUGAACCGUGGUACUUUUCUGCCAUAUAUGCUAGUCCCGAUCCUACAAAGAGACAAACCUUGUGGAAAGAAUUAAAGGAUUUUGCUGAAAUUCAUGACAAACCUUGGUUAAUGGCGGGAGACUUCAAUGACACAAGAGGCAAAUCUGUUGAGACUGGGAGGAGUGCAAGGCUAGACAGAGCAUUAUGCAAUGGGGAAUGGAGUCUUAGAUUUCCGAAUGCAUCAACAAAGCACCUCCCUGAAUGGAACCAAUCCACUUUCCACAAUAUUUUUAAAAAGAAAAGAAACUUAAUAGCUAGAAUAGCAGGUGUUCAAAGGGCUCUAGCAUUACAAAAGGCUCGUGAUUUAAUCAAGCUUGAAUCAAAACUCAGAAAAGAGCUCGAUAUAGUCCUAGAGCAGGAAGAAUUACUUUGGUAUCAAAAAUACCGAGUUGAGUGGAUUCGUGAUGGGGAUCGCAACACAACAUUUUUCCACUUGGGUACAAUUGCUAGGCGUUGGAGAAAUAAAAUCUCAGCUAUUAAAUCUAUUCAAUCUGGUGAGUGGCUGCACAGUAAGGAGGACGUUCAAGCAGAAGUAGUUAAUUUUUUCGAGACUUUAUUCCAUGCUGAAGAACCGCAACAACAUGAGGAGCUUCCCUUUGGAAUUUUCCCUGAGUUUUCAAACAGAGAUUGGCAGCACCUUUCUCGACCUUUUACCAGAUGUGAAGUGGAUAAUGUGAUUAAUAACUUGGGCGCAAUGAAGGCCCCGGGACCAGAUGGAUAUCAAGAUAUUUUUUAUCAAAAAAAUUGGGCAUUGGUAGCAGAUAAUGUGUAUGAGUUGGUGUUAGACGUGCUUGCGGGGAAGAGAAUGCCAGAGAAAUUAAAUGACACCUUCCUGGUAUUGAUCCCCAAGGUUGAUAACCCGGAAUUAGCGUCACUGUUCCGACCUAUAAGUCUAUGUAAUGUUGCCUAUAAAAUUGUUACUAAGGCUAUUGUUAAUCGCAUCAAACCUAUGAUGCCCCAUCUUACGAGUUGCAACCAAACAAGCUUUGUUCCCGGAAGGCAAAUUACCGAUAACAUUGUAAUUGUGCAGGAAGUGAUCCAUACUAUGCGCAAUAAAAAAGGAAAAUCAGGUUUCAUGGCUAUCAAAAUAGACUUUGAAAAAGCCUAUGAUCUGUUAAGAUGGGAUUUUAUUCGUGACACUUUACUGGAAAUUCAUUUUCCUAAGCUGUUAACUGACAUCAUUAUAGAUUGCAUCACCUCCUCUAAUAUGAGAGUACUAUGGAAUGGAGAACCAACUCAUCCUUUUAAACCAAGUCGGGGUGUUCGUCAAGGAAAUCCCUUAUCGCCAUAUAUAUUUGUUCUUUGUAUGGAACGAUUGAAUCAUAUCAUAGAGGAAUCGAUUAUUGCAUCAGGGCAAAAGACCUUUGGGUACCUUUGUGAGAAGGUGGAUCGACGUCUAGCAGGAUGGAAAUCAAAAUUUUUAUCCCUUGCUGGGCGUAUAACUCUUGCCAAGAGCACCUUAAACACUAUGGCUAAUUAUGCAAUGCAAACUGCUAGAACACCGCGUUCCAUAUGUGAUGAUCUAGAUAAGAGAACAAGAAGCUUCCUUUGGGGAGGGGAUGAAGAAAAGCGCCGCAUUCAUUUAAUUUCCUGGGAGUCUCUCCAAAAAAGCAGAGAAAACGGAGGUCUUGGUCUUCGAUCAACAAGACAAGCAAACAUGGCCUUCCUUGCCAAGCUUGGAUGGAGAGUUCUCACUGAACCCAAUGCUCUUUGGUCCCGGGUUUUAAGAAGUAAAUACUGCAAAGGACGAUGCGAUAUCGACAUGUUUGAAUUAAAAGCAAACAUGUCCAAUGUGUGGAAGGGAAUUACCGAAUCUGCUAAUAUCUUGUGUGAAGGAACUAGAGUGGUUGUGAACGAUGGAGCUACCACCUUAUUCUGGGAUCAUAGAUGGGCCUCGGCUCACACUUUAAGAGAAAAGGCUAUUCUCCCUAUUCCCCUUGAUAUUGAAGGAGCAACGGUGGGAGAAAUGUGGGAUGAGGAACAUGGGUGGAAAUGGAACUUAUUUGCAGACUUACUUCCUCAUGAUAUAAUUAGAGAAGUUGAAUCCCAUGAGCUGCACAAGGAUGCAAACAGAGGUGACCUUCUGUUCUGGGGUCAGAGGAACAAAGGUAAAUUCUCUAUUAAAAGUGCUCUCCAGAUUAUUAGGAAAGAAGAAAAUGAAAAUAAUGAUGGGAUGUGGGAUCUGAUCUGGAAACUACGAGUUCAGCAAAGAAUGCGUGUUUUCUUGAGGUUGGUAAUGCACAAUAGAAUAAUGUGCAAUACUAAUCGCUUCAAACGUUCCCUUACUGAUGAUCCAUGCUGUAAAUUAUGCCCUAGAAUGGAUGAAACUGCUCUUCACAUCUUGAGAGACUGUAAAGCGGCAAAAGAGCAAUGGGUGGUAAGAAACAUUAAAGUUCAACACCGCAAUGGCAUGUCUCCAGAAAUAUGGCCUACCUACUUUGCAAUAGUGGUGUGGUGGCUCUGGAGGUGGAGAAAUGCUGUAGCAUUUGACAGAACGAGUGAGAUGCCAAUAGAUGCGAAAAGCUUCUUGUUGGAUAGAUUUGAAGAAGUUUGGAGGGUGCUAGGGGAUGAUUCUGUCCAUGAUGCCCAACUGCCAAGAGCAAGAAGAGAAGCUUAUAUUAAAUGGAUGGCCCCUCCUGCUGGGCAUACUGCCCUUAACUCAGAUGGAUCAGCUAAAGGUUCACCAGGUGAUGCGGGGUGGAGGAGGGCUGUUAAGGGAUUGCACAGGCAGACUAAAUUGUGCUUAUUCUAUCAAUUUGGGAAGAUGCUCCUCCUUCAAAGUAGAGAAGCUGAAGACUAUGGUGGAGAAUGUAUUCAUGAGAUAAACCAAUGCAAGAAGAUGCUGGCAGAUUCUUCAUGGCAAACCGAAGUUAAGCAUAUUUACAGAGAAGCAAAUUGCGCAGCUGAUUGGUUAGCUAAUCAAGGAGUUAUUCAAAACAACAAGAUAGAGUUGAUUCAAAUCCCCCUUUUACUCUUAGGUCGUAGUUUACAUAAUGAUGUUGUAGGAGUGCUAACAGCUACCUACACAGCUAACAGCUAUCUCCACAGCUACAACUACCUUCACAGCUAUAUUUUGCCGAACACACCCAUAGUCAGAAGACUCAGAACUCGAUAG